CCGCCGCCGCCACCACCACCGGACGCUGCGACGUUCAUCGCUGCGUCCCCUAUCAGUCGUUCGUCGAUACGCACUUGUCGAUAUCCCGGUGACGCUCCGAGUUCCGUCCUACGUCAGGAAUCUCACAAAAAUCGCGAACACGCAGUAGCGGGAGUGGUGCGCGUAUGUAAACUUGAGUAAUCAUAGAUACGCGUGCGGCAGGUGAUGCAUAUGUACACACUGACCGUCGACGUGAUGUCGUGAUCGCGCUGAACUAAAGAAUACUGAGAUUAGAGAUACGUCAGAAACGGCGCGAUAGUCGCCCGGAGUUUAAAGCCACGUUUUCACAGGAAGGCAAGCCGCCGGCGAUAACGAGAGGUCCGUGGUGGUGUGGUGGUUCUCGAACGCAGCCCUGCUGAACGCGUCCAUUUAUUUCUUCUGCAGGUUCUGCCAGCCAUGGUGUAAAUAUACACCAUGCGUCUUGCCCAUCUACAAGAAUUCUGUCAGUGACAGUUAGACAGCAAAAUAAGUAAAAAUGGCGGUCACCAUGGACUCUGUGAGAGAAAAAGCGCUUCAAGAUUAUCGAAAAAAGCUUUUAGAACAUAAGGAAGUUGAGUCACGUCUCAAGGAAAUGAGAGAACACCUCAAGGAUCUGACAAAGCAAUAUGACAAGUCUGAGAAUGAUUUAAAGGCAUUGCAAAGUGUUGGACAGAUUGUUGGUGAAGUGCUAAAACAACUUACCGAAGAAAAGUUUAUAGUGAAAGCAACGAACGGUCCACGUUAUGUUGUUGGAUGUCGGCGUCAAUUGGAUAAAAAUAAAUUAAAAUCUGGAACUAGAGUUGCUUUAGAUAUGACAACUCUCACCAUCAUGCGCUAUUUGCCACGUGAGGUAAAAGAGAUCGCUAAUUAAUCCUUUAAGAGA